UAACAAUAGUCUGCAAAAUGAAUCUGUUCACUGUCUUAACUUUCUUAUUUGUCCUGGGAUCUAUAACUUGUUCUCGUGUUUGGGUGGAAACAAGACCUAAAAGAAGAAGGCUAUGUGAAGAACAAGCGAACGUACGCGGUAAGGAUCUUAUGAACUUGGAUGACAUGAAUGUCAAGUGCUACUACCAUUGCGUAUACGAAAUGAAAGGAAUUAUUCUCAAUGGGACUUAUAUCGGUGGUGAUCAGUGGUGUGAGGGUAUCGAAGAUGAUAACAAAUGUGAGCUGGCACGAAAGAUUAUCCUUUGCAGUAUGUUGAAGGACAAAUGAAUGUUGAAAAUAUGAAUGUAUUAAAUAUAUAUUGAUAAAUA